AUGACGCCGAGUGCUACAAGACAAUGCCUAACUGACCUCCUGAACGAGAGCGACCAUUUGGCAAAUUUGCAUGCGAUGGCGAGGGAUAGACUGUGUGAUGAGAUCGUAAAAACCCUGGCCCUAUUCCGCAAGGAAAACCAUCACCCAUCAGCCUUCAGGGCCCCGAAGGAAAUCAGGGAAAUCGAGGAUGCUUUUGAGAAGGCCCAAAGACAGUGGAAGAAGCUACACGAGAAAAAUGAGUCGGCCAAGAAGUCGUAUUAUAACGCUUGUCGAGCCGAACGCAGCGCAGCUGUCCUCCUCGCCAACGCGCAGCAAGAUACCUCCGUUUCCGUAGAUGGCACUCAGAAAAUUCGGGAUCGCUGUGACAAGGCCCACGAUGAGGUGCAAAGAACAAAACAAAACUAUGAGAAAUAUUUGGCCGAGAUUGAGACCUACAAGACGCCCUACAUGGAGAACAUGACGUUCGUCUUUGCCAAAUGCCAGCAAAUGGAGCUGAAACGGCUAAAGUUCUUCCAGGAGAUGAUCCAGGGAACGGAGCACGUCUUGUUGGACUUGAUUCGGAAUAACAAAUUCAACCAAUUACACGAUCAAAUCAACCUGCAUCUCCGGGCCACCGACGACGCCGUCCUGAAUCAAGAUCUGAAGACCUGGAGCCAGGUGUAUGGAGUGGACGCGCAAAUGCACUGGCCGGGCUUUGAGGAGUACCGUCCCGAAAUGCGCGAAAUCUCGGCCCGAAAGAGCUCGACAAAGGACAACUCUGGAGGCGUGGUGCUGACACGACAAAUUAUCAAGGAUGAAGACCCACUCCCGCAGCGUACAACGGUGGAAAAAUUCCGGCAAAUGGACAAGAUCGAAACCGGAAGUCACAGAAGCCUGCCGGGGAGCAGCCAGAAUAGUGAUAGUGGAAAACAAGGGAGCAGCAGCGACUCUGACACAAACACAUUCGACUCCCAGAAGAGCGGCCAGAAAAAUAGAAUUAAUAAGUCACAGACGCCCGACUCGGAGAAGUUCAGCGAGUUUGAUGAUUAUCAGAAGCAACUCGGCACGGUACUCUACGACUACUCGCCAAUCGAAAAUGACGAGAUUGGACUGAAAAAAAGGCGAAACCAUCGAAGUCCUCUCGGAGCCCGACUCACUUGGCUGGUGCACUGGCAGGAAAAACGGGCUUACCGGCCUGUUUCCGGCCAGUUACGUGCAAGUUUAACC